AUGGAACUCCUUAUUAUUCCAUUAUUUAAAGUAACAACUGAAUGUAGAAAUGACGUUAAUAUCAUUGAAUCUUUAUGCAAAUGGUUCAUGGAUCAUUAUGGUAUAUGUCCUGCAUUUUUCAUUGGUUCUUUACAAGAAGCAUUUAUAUCAGCAUUCAAUACGAAAAUGGUUAAGGAAAGCCGUCCAUUACUUAUCUAUAUACAUCAUGGUAAGAACAUACAGACACACAUGUUUUGUUUGAACAUGUUAUGUUCAAUGAUUAUGGUUGAAUAUUUACUUGAAAAUUAUAUUAUAUGGCCAUGGGAUAUUACAGAUGAAUCCAAUAAACAUAUGUUGAUCGAAAUCUGGAAAGAAAUGUUUUCCAAUCAUUUUCCUGUUGAUUUAAUGAUGAAAGAAUGUCCUAUGCUUAUUGGUGUUAUGAGAAGAUCUUCAGAAGAAAAAGAUUCAUUUUUAGCAUCUUCAUAUGAAUUUAAAAUAUUACUCAAAGGUGAUAUUUUGAUGCAAACUCAUCGAAAAUUAAAUCUUGAAACACUAUCAGAUAUAUUGUUUACAUUUAAAGAAGAAUUUGAUGAGAAUGAACAAUAUCUCUCAUUUAAUUUCAUUAAAAAGACUAGUCUUUGUUGGGAUAUCAUUCUUGAAAUAACUAAAUAUUUAUCAUUAAAUGAUGCUGUUACUAUAUUUCCUAUUGAUAUUCUUCGUUUAUUACGAGAAUAUAAAGCAAGAUUACCUAUUGUUGAACCUUCUGACAGAUUUAUGAAGACAAUGAUUAAAAACAUUGAUAAUGAACAAAUUGUUUCUUUACAUCUCAAAGAAAAUCAACUUAGAUCAACAAUGGAAUUAGCUUCUGCAUCUAUUUUUACUAAUAUAAUAUCUGUUACUCUUAUCAAUCUUCAACAUGUAAAUCAAAUCAAUGAAUUUCAAACAUGUUUUCCUAAUUUAAUAUGUCUUUCUCUUUAUUAUAACAAUGAGAUUGACGUUCAUCGUUUAUGUAAGAUUUUCAAUCAUAUUCAAAAUCCAAUUAAACGUUUAGAAAUUCGUUGUGAUUACAUACUAUGUUCUCAUCGUCAUACAUCUCAUUUUUUUAGCAAAAUUAACAACCUAAAAUUUACUAUUGAAUAUUUUCUCCUUGAUAUGACUCAUGGUUCUAUGACAUGGAUAAAUAAUUGUUCACAAUAUCAUAAAACAUGUGUUUUGAUGACAACAACUGAUUUUAUUCAAAUUAUGCCAAAUAUUCGAUAUGUUCAUUUAAUUGUCAACAAUAUCAAUAUUGACAAGUUAUUAGAUAUAAAUAAUUGGAAAGGUCUAGUAAUGAGAUGUCAUCAUUUGGAGAAAAUAACAUUAAAGACGAAUAAAAGUAUAUCACAAGAUACACAAUUAACAGAAAAUAUCCUGAAAAUUCAACAAGAAUUAUCUAAUGUGCGACAAAGAAUCAAAUUUCAUAUCAUAUCCAAAUAA